AGGUUGCGCCACCUAAUAUCGAUCUUCGCAUCUUCGCAUCUUCGCAUCUCGACAACGAAUCUCCCUCCCUCUCUCUUUCUCUCCUCGUGGGGGUCUCCAGCAUUGGGAUUUCUUCGUCAUUUAGUGGUUUCAGUCCGCUAAUUUUGAUUGUUUUCCCUUGCUGCUGCUAGAGUGUGGACGAGGGUUUGCUUCUAAGCCUCUCUAUUCUUCUGGGAUUCUUCCNUUUUUAGGGAAUGGAUGCGUUCGAUGAAAUGACUGAGAAAUUUAAAACUAGUGCUGAAACAACGGAGUGCCAUCAAAGGUAUCGUUGGAAGGAGGGAAAGGGGAAAAGACUUUGGAAGAAGGUGAAGUAUCAGCUGGUUGAGUACAAUGCUUUACCAGCCUACUUGAGGGACAACGAAUUCAUUCUGGGUCAUUACCGUGCUGAUUGGCCUAUGAAGCAGACACUGCUCAGCAUCUUUUCCAUUCACAACGAGACUCUUAAUGUUUGGACGCAUCUACUUGGAUUUUUCCUCUUUCUUUCCCUCACCAUAUACACUGCAACAAAGAUUCCUGACGUUGUUGACAUUCAUCCUCUUCAACAUUUGCCUGACGUGUUUAAAAAAGCUGAUAUGCACAAAUUGCAAGCGGAACUGCUGACCUGCCUUCCUUCCUUGCCUCACUUCCCUGAUCUGCAGAAACUCAGGGAGGAGUUGAAGACUGCAUUGACUUCAAUGGAUAUGCUUUCAUCACUGUCUCGUUGGCAUGUGGUGGAACUUCUAUACAAUUGUUUACCUCAGCGAUUCUCCAAUGGAAAUCAAACUGAUGUCUGUGCUCUGAGAAGUAUGAAGGAGGACGUUGCCAACAUGAUUGCGCCCUUAGCUACGAGACCAAUCACUCGGUGGCCUUUCUUUGCAUUCUUGGGCGGGGCCAUGUUUUGCCUGCUUGCUAGUAGCACUUGCCAUCUUCUUUCCUGUCACUCUGAGCGUGUCUCAUACAUAAUGCUCAGGCUGGACUAUGCCGGAAUUGCAGCCCUUAUAUCUACCUCCUUCUACCCCCCGGUUUACUACUCCUUCAUGUGCCACCCCUUCUUUUGCAGUCUCUAUCUGGGGGUCAUUACUCUCAUGGGAAUUGCAACUAUCUUGGUGUCUCUGCUGCCAAUGUUUCAAACCCCCGAAUAUCGCACGUUUCGGGCUUCCCUCUUCCUCGGCAUGGGCUUGUGUGGGAUCGCCCCUAUUCUGCACAAGCUUAUCCUGUUCUGGGGCUCACCCGAAGCACUCCACACAACAGGAUAUGAGGUACUGAUGGGGAUCCUUUAUGGGCUUGGAGCCUUGGUUUAUGCAGCAAGGAUUCCGGAGCGAUGGAUGCCUGGAAAAUUUGACAUUGCUGGCCACAGCCACCAACUAUUUCACAUUUUAGUAGUUGCUGGGGCGUAUACUCAUUAUCGUGCAGGACUGAUUUACCUGAAGUGGCGCGACCAGCAAGGUUUUUCAGAUUAGAAUUUGAACAAGGAUUUAGCGUGUUGGAAUGUAUCUAUGUAAUACAUCACUGUAAGAUCAGAACCUGCUUAAUGCUGCUCUGCCUUAUCAUUUCCAACAAUAUUUUUCAAUGAUCUGUCUGAUAAGCCUUCCAAUGCCCAA